AUGAUGGCACUCCCAUUCUCACCCCAAUUCUUCCACCAGCGCAGCCUCAAGGCCGCAGGCCUCAUGCCCGCCUACGGCUCCUUCCGCUACACGGCCACCCGCCUGCAUGCCAAGGGCGUUCUUGCGCACAUCGAGCGCCCAGACAACCUCGCGAUCGACCAGUUGUUCUUUACCAUAUCGAGCGACGAGGUGGGCGUCUUUCAAAUCGAGGCCACCGUCGCUGGCAUCCUCGCCGGUGUCCUAACGCUCAAGAUGGACGAUCUGCUCGAAGCUCAGUACGCCAACGAGCAGUUCGUCAACAUGCUUGAUGGCGCCAUCCAAUUCCACCUCAAGCCGCUCAUCCACUUUAUUAAUAAAAAGUUUUACACAUGA